AUGGAUAAAUUAAAAUUGAUUGAAUCGCCUAUAUCUUUGAUUUUGUAUUUUGCGUUAAUGCUAUAUGUUGCCGUAAUCUAUUCUACUAAUUGCUGUAGCUCAAGCUCAAAAAAAGCUUCUCGUGGGGGUGCUGGUGCUACUCCAGUGGAAGGACCAAAACCACCUACACAAGGAGGUAUAGCCGGAACAUUUGACCCGAACUACCAGACAUUAGCUGGUGUAGGUGGUGAAGUAUUUGGUGAAAAUAAAAAGAAAGAUGGUGAUGGCGGCGGCGGCGAUGCCGGCGGCGGCGGCGGAGGACCACAGGCACCAGCAGCUGGUGGAAUGGCUGGAACUUACGACCCCAACUAUCAAACGUUAGCUGGUGUAGGUGGCGAGGUAUUCGGUGAAGAUAAGAAGGCAGCUGGAGGUGGCGGUGGUGGUGGUGGUGGUGGAGGUCUUCAAACCCCCAUGAACAAAGAAGAAAAAGCUGGCACAUAUGAUCCUAAUUAUCAGACCCUGGCUGGAAUUGGUGGUGAAGUAUUCGGUGCAGAUAAGAAAGGCGGUGGUGGUGGUGCUGGACCGAAAGCUCCUGAUAAUAAAGAUGUUAAAGCAGGAACCUAUGAUCCCAAUUAUCAGACACUAGCUGGUGUUGGUGGUGAAGUAUUUGGUGCAGAUAAGAAAGGCGGUGGUGGUGCAGGACCAAAAGCUCCGGAAAAUAAAGAUGCUAAAGCCGGCACCUAUGAUCCUAACUAUCAAACUCUUGCCGGUGUCGGUGGUGAAAUAUUUGGCGCUGAUAAAAAAAUGUGA